CAGAUGGGAAGUGCAUUCACGGGGCCAAGUUUCAGCUGUGCUCCUCCUCCUAUUCCUCUCCUUCCCGGAUUGGACCUGCACGAGCAAUGCACCGUCGUUUCAUGAGAAAGAGGGGGCUGGUCCGAGAGUUUCCUGAUCCUCUCUGUCUAGCCUCGGUCUGACCGGACAGGCGAAAAACACUUCGGGAUUUCCAGAACAAAAGCGACAACGGACGAUACGGACCAGCUGAAGUGGCGUAUCCACAUACAGCCUUGGGAGAAAUUCAAGCGUCUGUGGCAAUAGAGGUGUGACAUCUCUGAUGGCGACGCACACUGACCAUGACUUGAAAGUUAUCUCUCCAAGAGGGGUGGCAGCAAAAAGACAAGACGGAAACCUCAACAGUCCACGGCUGCAAAAAUCAGCAUACCACAUUUCCGACGGAAAUCUCACCGGUCCACGGCCGCAAAAAUCAACACACCACAAUUUCGAUGGAAAGGAAUAUGCAAGCCCCUCUAAUCGCAGACCAAAAGAGAGUAAUGGCAGCUCUGCAGUAAGCUUCAGCACUAAUAAUAACUCUGUAGUAUGUCUUCCUUUGGUAUCUGAAGGACUGAAGCUAGUGUGGACCCAGUCCGAUCAAACACGUGAGCUGGAUAGUGUCCCUCAACUUGUUCAGGCCUUCAACACCUUCCCCUAUCCAACAUCUCAAGAGGUCAGCACUCUUGCCCGUGUCUGUGCUCUUCCCUUAGAUAAAGUCAAAGUGUGGUUCAUGGUGCAACGCAUCAAGUAUGGAAUCAGCUGGGCAUCGGAGGACAUUGAAGAGACGCGGCGCAAGCUGUCUAGGCCAGGGCAAACAAGUGAGACUGAACACAAAGAGGGCACUAUGAAGAAGAAAAAUGGAAUUGAGGAUUUUAUAAAAACAGAAGACCAUGUAGAAGAUCUAGCACAAAGUACACAAGCGCCUCGCAAAAGACAAAAAACUGAAAGCACAGAACCAGCAAAGCUCUCUCCUGCUCCCUCGCGUUUCCGUUCAUCUCUCCCUCCUCCUCAGGAUUCGUACUACUACCGACAACCAGUAGAAAUGCCAGAAACACCUCAAGCAGCUACCCCACCUACUUCUACAGAGUCUCCUGUUGGAUCUGAGCAGCCACGGCAUGGCCGCUACAAAAAGUCCAAAGCCCAGUUAACUGUGUUGCGUAAGAGUUUUCUGCAGGAGAACUGGCCCGAUGAGAUGGAGCUCCAGCGCUUACAAGAGGAGACUGGCCUAACACGUAAUGAGAUUCGAAAAUGGUUUAGUGACAGUCGCUACCAGCUGCGAAAUGGUAGGGGAUUGACAAUGUCGUUACCCGCUUCUCAAGGAGAAAAAAAUGAACCCAACUGUAGUCUAUCAUCUCAGUCUCAGGAGGUUCAGCCUCUUCCUCUCACCACUAAAAAGCAAACUACACAGCAUGCUGACAUCGAAGGCAAAGAACAGACCAGGCAAAAAACAGGAUCACGAAAGAAUCGGUCAAGGAGCUCUCAGUUUUUCCAGCUUUUCCUGUCUAACACUCUUGAGGCAUUUGAAGACGGAGCAUUAGGAGCAGACGAGGAGAAAUGUUCAGAGGAAAGCGAGAUACAGAAUAAUGAUGAAGUUGGAAGCGAACAGGAAAGCGAGGGACAUUGUGUGACUCCUCUAGAGCCAGCUGCACCCACUUCCUCCUCCUCUUCUCCAUCCAUCACCCCAUCUAAAAAACACUCAGCCAGGUCUUCGAAAUCUGCACGCUCUGUCAAAGCAAACACUUUGAACAACUCCCUAAACUCCUUGGACAACUCUUCACCUACUUCAGUAUUAACAGUGGCGGGACGACCAAGGAAAACAAAGGAGCAACUGGCCAUCCUAAAGGAAUACUUCCAGAAAUGCCCAUGGCCAAAGAGUGACUUAUACACACAGCUAGUUGAAAUAACAUCUUUGCCUCGUGCUGACAUUAUCCAGUGGUUUGGGGACACGCGUUAUGCUGUAAAAAAUGGACAUGUACGCUGGGUGCAUUCUGACGUACGUGAACAAGUGCUUGCCGAGAUAGCAUUGUUACAAAGUGGAGCAGCUGCUGCCGAUGUCAGUGGAACCCCAGGAAGCGAUGGCAACAGGAAACGUAAGUCACAAGGGAACAGCACAACAAAAACACAGAAGUCUGCCACAGAUUCUGUAGACAUCAGUCCGUUAGAGCUGUAUUAUCAACAGACGGGACCAUUGCAAGAGAAAGACCUUGACCAUCUCUGCCGAAAGUCAAAAAUGAGUUACCAACAGGUGCGAGACUGGUUUGCAUCUAAAGACAGUACAACACUGGAACCAGAGCUCACUAUUAUUGAUUAAUAUAAAGAUGAAAACUGUUUGUGCUCAUGUCUGUUAAUCUGCUGUGAGUCCUGUAAUUUAGCAAGACCCCAGUUAUAAAAUUACUUCAUGCAAUGCCCUCUUUUCCACUGUGUUAAAAAACAGCAAUGUGAAAUAUUUUCUUCAACAGCCACUACAUCAUUUGUUAUCUAUCUGACAGGCAGUAUUGAAAAUGCAAAACUUUAAUGUAUUUUUGCUCUUUACCGACUAUUUGACUACAUUCAUUACCAAGUAUUACCCUUGUUAUGCUAUGGGGGGUCAUCUGUACACUGGCUGUUCCUCCACUUCUUAUGUUUGUGUUGUUGGUAUUAUUGUUAGUAAUCUUUUAGAGCCUUAACUGCUGCUUCUUAGAACUGAUAUGAUGCUCAAACUGUUUAAUUUUCCAGGAACUUUGGUUUGGUUAUCUAUUAGGUACUGUAGUUUAGAUGUUUGGGCCAGAAAUGUUAGCAAUUUGAGAGUAUGUUUUUGUAAAAGUUUUUGUUUAAUUGAUCCAUAUGGCACUGCAUAUUGAUUCCCUCUCAAAUGAUUUAAAACUGAAGUUUACAAUAUUUUUUUUCCCCUUCCAAUGAGCUAACAUUCCGCACUUAGAGGUUUAUGGAUCCAUCUCUCUAAUCAUGCUUCUUCAUUGCGAAUAAACAUUUCAUUUCAAUACAUCCCUCAACUGCAGAUUUGUUCAAUUUCCAAUGAAAAGACAACAAAAGCCAUGGCUUUUGUCAAAUCUUGUGCCUUAUUGUCUGUAAAUUUGUGUUUCAGGGAGGCAAAAUAAAACAUGACCAAUUGUUUAACUCA